CACGUGGCUGCCACCCAGGUAAGAAGAGGCCGCUCUUCCUGGGGUUGUUUCUCCGUGUGACGUGUGGCCUUUGAGAUCAACUCUCCUGUACCAGCGUAGGCCGCAUGAGUGGGGGGCGGUCUCCCGCGGUCCUGCUCGGCGGAGUGGCCUCUCUGCUCCUGUCUUUUGUUUGGAUGCCGGCGCUGCUGCCUGUGGCCUCCCGCCUUUUGUUGCUACCCCGAGUCCUGCUGACCAUGGCCUCUGGAAGCCCUCCGACCCAGCCCUCGCCGGCCUCGGAUUCCGGCUCUGGCUACGUUCCGGGCUCGGUCUCUGCAGCCUUUGUUACUUGCCCCAACGAGAAGGUCGCCAAGGAGAUCGCCAGGGCCGUGGUGGAGAAGCGCCUAGCAGCCUGCGUCAACCUCAUCCCUCAGAUUACAUCCAUCUAUGAGUGGAAAGGGAAGAUCGAGGAAGACAGUGAGGUGCUGAUGAUGAUUAAAACCCAAAGUUCCUUGGUCCCAGCUUUGACAGAUUUUGUUCGUUCUGUGCACCCUUACGAAGUGGCCGAGGUAAUUGCAUUGCCUGUGGAACAGGGGAACUUUCCAUACCUGCAGUGGGUGCGCCAGGUCACAGAGUCAGUUUCUGACUCUAUCACAGUCCUGCCAUGAAGAGCCCUGUUCCUGCUCAUCAUGAAGAUCCCCGCGAUAGUUCAAUGCCUUCUGACUUCCAGGUGAUGACUGGGCCCCCAAUAAAUCCUGUCUUUGGGUC